ACGGACAAACCUUGCCUUCACUUAGUAUAUGAUAUGUAGGACUCAAUGAUAGAGAAAGUGAAGAUGUCAAUUUAUAGGCAUGAAGGGAAAAGAAUAGAUGAGGAAUCUACAUUUUACAAUGUGGUGCAUCAAAUUCUCGUGGAUCGUUGGAAUAAAAACAAUACUCCUCUCCAUUGUAUGGCACAUUCAUUGAAUCCAAAGUAUUAUAGUGAUGAGUGGCUCCAUGAGGAUCAAAAUAGAGUUCCUCCACAUAGGGAUGAAGAGGUGACACGUGAGAGGAACAAGUGUUUUAAGAGGUAUUUUGAAGAUAUCACGGAGCGAACCAAGGUGAUAACUGAGUUUGGAAAAAUUUCCGGGUUAUGUUGAAGCAUUCUCAGAGUA